AUGCUAGUCGGCUACGCCUGCUGCACCCGCUUCGCCUCCAACCCCUUCCGUGACCACAAAGACCAGGCCCAACCGUCCGCCCCCUCGUCAACGCCCUCGUCGUCGUCGUCGUCGUCGUCGUCGUCGUCGUCGUCUUCGCGCUCUGGCCCGUCCUCCGUCACCGCCUGGGUCUCGUCCCUCCUGCCCUCUUUCACCAAAGCAGACGAAAGCCACCGCGAGCCUCUGCACGAGCCUGCACCUGCGCCCGCCUCUCGCAUCGCCCCGCACCCCUCAUCCACCUCGGCGUCGCCCCACGCAUCGACACAGCCCAGCGGCACCAACUCGGGAAGGACCACCUUCUCCUUUGUCCUCUUCGGUCUCACCCUCGCAGGCGCACUCAUCGUCACCGCAAAGACGCGCAGAACCAUGCACCGCCUCGUGAACACAAAGAACCUCGCCCAGCGCAACGCCCAGGCCUGGAGGAGGGUCGCGCUCGACCUCGCAAGGGUAAACGCCCUCGCCGCCAGCCGCGUCGAGAGCCUCGUCGACGCCGCCCUCUCUGGCGACGUCCGCUCAGCCGAUCCCCGCAGCGCCGCCGUAAAGCUCGAGGCAGAGCUCCAAGAGGCACGCCAAAGGGUGCGCGCGCAGCAAGAGGCGCUCCGCAACGGGACCGCGGGCGAGUUCGACUCCGAAAAACCCACGCGACGUGGCGACGCAGCGCCGCAGCCUGACCACUCGGCGGAAUCGCGGACGAGCCGCACGUCCCAGCCGAUCAGGUCGGGCUUCUCGCUGGGCGGGCUCGCCUCGGGGAUCGACCACCUCUUCCCGUCUCUGGGCACAGAGCAGCACCCCACUUCCCUCUUUCGCACCUGGAGGUCCGCCUUCGAGCCGACGCGUCUGUCGGCGACGUCCGUCAGCAGCGCCGUCCGGGCCCCUUCGAGGGCCGAGCGCCCCGAGGCGGAGCCUCAGCCUCAGUCACAGUCAAACAGAGUUGCAUCCCGCUCAGCCGAGGAAAAGUGGCGUCGUGCAGCUGGCCUGACGGCAGGCACUCCUGACUCCUCGUCGACAAGCAAUGCUGCGGCCGCCACGUCGGUCAAGAGCGUCGCCACUCCCGGCAGCCAGCGCCCACAGUCCUCGGUGCCGUCAGAGGACUGGGUGGGCGACCUCGAUGGGGCGCUCAAGCAGCGUGAGCAAGAGGACAGCAAGGCCCAACUGGCAGGCAAGGCAUCUUCUGCCGUGGCGGCAGGUGAACAAGACGCAGAGGAGGCCGAUUUCCUCUUGCCCGUAUCUGACCUUCACAUUGCCAGCCGCCUGCACAUUGCCGAAGAGAUCCUGAGCGAUGCCGAGAACCAGGCUCAACAGAGCAAAGCUCGCAACGAGCGAAGCACGGCCGCACAAAGGCGGGCCCAGAGCCGACUUUCGGGAUCGGCGGCCAUGUACCCGACCUGGCACCGAUACCGAGACCUCGAGGACAUCCUCAUGGCCGCCUGGGACGACGGAUGGGGAACGCCGCCGCAGCGCUCGCACGUCAAGGGCAUCAAGGUCGAAGCAGGCGACGAGGACAAGCCACCGGCUGGCUCAGCCGCCAGCCGAGCCAAGCCGAGGCGGACCAUGUCGGAAUCGACCCUGCCAGAGGCAGAGGGACGGCCCUCGUGGCGAACCGACUUUGCCAGCUCGGUCGAGUCGGAGCGUCCCUCUGCCCUGCUCGGCGACGGGGCGUGCGUCAGCGAGAGCGCAGCGUCGCCGUACGUUGCGACUGGGAACGUUUCGCAGUACGAGACGAAUUACGAUGAGCAGCACGUGAUUCCAGAGGAGCCGAAGCGGACCAUCCAAGCGUGGGAUAGCGGCAAUGGCGGCAAGUUCGAGAUCGAAUCCGAGCCCGAAGCGACCCGGCCCGACGCGGCUGCAGCCUCGGCUCCGGCGGCGACGGCAGCCGCCUACUGGACCUCGCCCUCGUCUGCGCCGUCCGACGGGCCGACGACGACGCACUCGUCGCCGCCGCCCUCGCACCUUUGGACGGACGUCGAGAGCCUGCGCGAGGAGAACAAGCACAUCAAGGUCAAGCUGAUGGAGCUCGAGACGUCGCUGCACCAGGCCCAGACGGAGCUGGCGGGGCAGCAGCAGCAGUACCAUCAGCAGCUGGAGCAGCGGCAGCAGGCCCUCGACGAGACGGGCGCGCGCGUGCGUCACCUUGAGGACAGCGUCGGGCGCAUGAGCGUGUGGGCCGACGAGAUUCAUCGCAGGCUGGGCCUCGAGGGAUCACCGCUUUUUUCCGGCGACAAGGUCGGAUCGAGGCGCGGCUGA